CUAGAUGCAGCUUCUUAUUUGCACCACGCGUAUUUACAGGCUGUAAAGUUGCGGGACUGUGUAUCAGAUGUUGCAAUUUUUUAUUUUAUUUUUAUGUGAUAUCGCACCAAAUGUUGAUCUGAAACUAAAUCUACAAGCACAGGCUACACGCGUAAAAGACCAGGGAGUGAAUGUCUCGCGAACUCUUUGGAAAGGAAACAAAGCAAAAGCUGAAUGGGACUGUUUCUUUUUGUGCGGAUGAAACGACUGCAGACGGAUUUAUUUUGAAGUAACCUGCGUGCACAUCUACAGGACAAAAAUACCUCUUUUUCUGUGCGAGAGGAGAAAUGGUUGCGCCGCACGGAAUACACCACGUUGGGUUUAAAUGGAGAUCUGCUCAGUGAGGACAAAUUGCGUGCAAAGUUGCGCAUCUCUCCGCUGAGGGAGUUACCCACUUGGUUUUCACCUAUAAACAAGACGGACAUGGGGCCGAGCCAGUGCGUGGGGCUCUCCGCGCUCCUGCUGUGCACAGUGAUGGACAGUAAGGUAAUCCUGGAUGGCCUACAGAGGUACGGCCCCACGCCAAUCUAUCUUCCUGUCAGCUACCGCAUCCUAAAUGCAGAGUCAGCUUUCUUCUUACUCGAGGCAAACCAGGACCUAAUGAGGAACUCCAGCCUGCAAGCUCGUACAGAGUCUUUCUUCAUCCACCAGGCACGGCAGAUGCCCUUUGUCAAUGCCAGCUAUGGACCACUGUCUGUGCAACAGCCCAUCCCUCUGGAGAUGCUGCAAACGGUGCCAGGGCCAUUUAACACGGCAUCCUUCACUUCAUCAUCAGUGCCAACAUAUGCCACAUCAUUACCUCUCUUUACGUUCAACUGGAAGGUCCACACCUAUAUCAUCAGUGAGUGGAUUCACCCCAGCUGGCCCAAGGUUCAGGUAUUGUUCAACAUCGCAGGCAGGGAUUGGGAUGAUUACAGCACCAUCCACAAGCUACCCUGUGUCCGGAUGUUUGCCUUUCACGAGACCCAAGAGGUGCGUGGGACAUGCAGGCUGAAAGGUGAGCUGGGGAUCUGUGUUGCAGAGUUGGAGCCCCUGGCAAGCUGGUUCAGCCCACCUAGUGUGAGGCCUGGCAGGCAGAAGGUCUCAGAGCAGGCUCAAGGCACCCCUGUGGAGCUCUACUACAUGGUUCAAAGCACGGACAGUGGAGACUGUAGCUCUGAGGUUUCAAGAAAGGGCAGCCCAAUCCAUGCAGACCAGCAGAGGCCCAUGGGUUACUUUGGAGGCCAUACACCUAUGCAGCGCAUUGGGAGUGUUAGGCUGUUCCAGCCACUGUCCGAGCUGAAGUUGGACAAUAACUUUGUGGUGAUGGCCCCUUCUAAACCCAUCAAGCAGAGAGAAACAGUUUCAGCUUUUUUGGCUCUUUCCUGGCUGUCGUCCGUGCAAAUUUUCACCCUCAGGGUCAAACUGAAGGAUGGUGUGGCUUUCCUGGGAGCUCGAGCCAGUAACCCUGUAAUGUGGACGGUGAGUCAAGAUGUCAGAAGUGAGGGCCACCGGGUUGUAACCCUGCACUGUCACAGGAAGGAGAACAGUUUCAGUCAAAGAAUUGAAGCAGUGGGCUACCAGCGUGUGCUCCAGGUGGACUUGGAGGUCAACGGCCUGGUGGUCACUCAAGGGGGCAGGGAGGUAACUUGGCAAGUGGAGUAUCCGCUCACCCGGACCCUUUCCAGCGAGGUGCAGACCCUCAUCCGCCUGGCGCCACAAGAUCUCGGUGGCAUUGUGCCGCUAGCCAUGGACACUGAGAUCCUUAACACGGCUGUCCUAACCGGCCGAACAGUAGCCGUUCCAGUGAAGGUGGUCACGGUGGGGACAGAUGGAGCCGUGUCAGAUGUCACUGAGUCGGUGGAGUGCAAGUCAACAGAUGAACAGGUUAUCAAGGUGUCAGAGCGGUGUGACUAUGUGUUCGUCAAUGGAAAGGAGACAAAAGGAAAGAGCCGAGUGAUGCUCAACUUCACGUACAGUUUUCUAAGCGCGCAGCUGGAGAUGAGCGUCUGGAUGCCCCGCCUACCCUUGCUUAUAGAUGUGGCUGACCCUGAACUCAGUCAGAUCAAGGGCUGGAAGGUCCCCACUAGUGCAGGCAACAUGAGAUACGAGAGGGUCACAGAUGACAAGGAUGCAGCAGAGGAGAGGACAGACAAUGCCUGCGUACCUCAGUACCAGAGCACCACUGUUCGUAUCCUCACACACUUCAUGGCAGAUGGCAGAGAAAUUAGAGGAGCCAUGGAGGAGGAGGGGCCAGGUCAGCAGAACUUCCUGCUCGGUAGUGACUGGCAAGUGGAUGUGACACAGCUCGUCAAGGAAUCUCUGAGGGUGGAGAAACCAAAUAUUGCCCAGCUGCUGGAGGGUCAUGUGCUAAUCGGACAGAGUGCUGGAACCACCAAACUUCAGGUGCUGUCGCCUCUGACGUCCUCAGUCCUGGCUGAGAGGAGCAUUAGGGUGCUGGAUGAUAAAGUGACUGUGACAGAGCUCGGGGUGCAGUUGGUGUCUGGACUCUCUCUAUCCCUGCAACUGAGCCCUGGAAGCAACAGGGCCAUUGUUGCCACAGCAACAACACAGGAAGUUAUCAAAUCACUCAAACAGGAGUCCCUCAUCAGUGCUUGGGUCCAAUUUAGUGAUGGAUCUAUGACUCCCCUAGACAACUACAACCCUGCACACUUUGACCUGUCAGCCACCUCUCUGAAUGAACAGGUGGUAGCAGUGCAACACAGUGCAGCAUGGAAGUGGCCCAUUAUUGUUGCCAGGAGUGAAGGUCAAGGUUUGCUUGUACGUGUUGAAAUGAGCCCAUCAGAUAUGUGUCAGAAGGGCAAACGACGUACUACUAUAGCCACUGGAAUUUUGAACUUACAGGUAAGACUUAGCCAACAAGAAGAACAAUACAGACAACCUGGAGACAGAAGAACACGUCCUGAUCUUCCAUAUCAUGGUGGAUCUAUAUCUGACAUGGAAACGGGGCUAAUUACUCGUGGUGCCACCACCAUCAGGGGAAAUGUUCCAGUGAGGCCUAAUGGUGGCCGUUUCUCAGCAGACAGUGGGGCAAGGGUCCCCAACGAAUUCUCUGAAUAUCCAAACCAGGCUGAGCUGCCUCGGAGCCACAGCAUUGAUGAGGACUUGCUCCCAUCUCGAAGAGGCCUGACGGACUUGGAGAUUGGCAUGUAUGCCCUGCUAGGAGUCUUCUGCCUGGCCAUCCUGGUUUUUCUCAUUAACUGCAUCUCUUAUGCAUAUAAGUACAGAAACAAGCAGCUGUCUUUGGAGGCUCCCGAGACUAUGCCCCAUGCCCAUGACUGGGUUUGGCUUGGCCAAGAGGAGGGAUUAUGUUUGCAGCAACAGCAGCAUGAAGAGCUGAGUGGUACCCUAGAGGAAGGUAGCCAGCUAUUAAAUGGAGGCAUCCAGCACAGCCGCAGUGGUGGAGGAUGCUCAAGUGGAAGGGAUCACAGGAAUGAGUCACUCAACUCACCCACCACCAAGAGAAAGAGGGUGAAGUUCACCACUUUCUCCAAUGUGAAGUCCAGUAAUGGAUGUCCAGUCCUCAGCCCAUUAGCACUAGUGCAGACCAGUGAGAUAAAAUGGGUAUGUCCAGACAUUGAACUUGGGGACUCAAAAGAUCUUCGGAACUACAUGGAAAAGCUUAAUGAGAAUGCAAUUAAGAACACUGCGUAAAGAUUUCGAGGUGUUUUCAAUGAACUAAAGAGAAACUCACCUGAAUGCCUUCAGAAUAAAGAGGGAGGAAAGACCAGAUUAGAGAAAUAAAUGGGUGAGGAAACAGACUUGACAGCUGUUUAACUGAACACAUCCCCAUUAAAACAGAACAGUGGACUCAGGUGCUGUUGUUUCUUUGAAAGUACUCAGACUGGACCAAGCAACAAUCUAAAAGACAUAUUUUGCCACGUUGCAUUAGCAUAGUUAUGAAGGAGGACAUUUCAAAAUGUUGUCGUUGCUUAACUUUAAUGUAUGCUUUUAGUCUUCAACUGAGGUUCAGUUUGCAGUUUUGUUGUUGAUGCAUAAUUUCUUUGCUUUUUUUACUUUAAGUUCUUGAUUCUUUUUUAAAGAGUUGCUGUAUCCCUUUCACCACAUUCCAGCAGUAGUAAAUGUGAGGAGAGAAUCAUUUAAACCAAAUUUGUAUUGUACAUAAAAACAGAGUUUGAUUUGGAGGUCCUAUAUGUAUAGUAACAUUUUGUAAAGUGCUGUUUGGUUUUAGUUUGUUCUUGUUAUAUUUUAGUUUUGAUUAGUCUCCAGAAAUCAGAUACAUGCAUGAUGUUAUUUAAAAAGGAGGUAUAUGUAUCUGAUACCCAAAAUGGAAAAAUGUGUAGAUAACUAAAACCCGGACUGUUGGAGACACAUCGGCUCAUUCAACGUAUGAGUUUGGGGAUCGAUUUAGAAUGUCAAUAUUGGCUAUAAGAGUUUUGCUCAUUCUUAUAUUUUCACUUCUUAAGUUGUUUUUACUGGUGAUGACUGAUCAUCCCACUUUGCAUUGUUCACUUGAAUGAGACUACUGAAUCCAAAUGGUUUCAUCUUAUCAGUUAUUACAGUGCAAGCUGCACUUAUCAGAAGUAAAAGUGAUCAUCACUAAUUAUAUCAAAAGACAAUCACAUAAGUGAUGUCAGACCCAGUGUUUUCAUUUAUUAAUAAAUCUCAUAAAUCAGUUUACAGCUUCUUUACCUGAAACUGGAGGAGAUCAAAAGACGAGUUUCAUUUUUCAUAUUUCUGUAUUAGCCAUUUGGAUUCCAGAAAAGAAGUCAGCACA